AACAAUAUCUAUCAGUGGCAAGUCAUAACCAAGAUACUUUUGUUAAUAAGUCAUCUUUAGCAGCGGAGAUGGACAAACUUCUCCGUCAGUUGCAUGACAUGAAGAGUAACUUAUCAUCUUUGAUAAUCAACAACAGGCGGCAAAUCAGUGAUAAUGGUAUUCAACUAGGUUUUUCUCUUCAAAAUGUCAAUAAGUCAACAAGUUCACAUCCUUUGAAAUUUACAACUGUCCGAUUCAAUAGUGGAAAUAUGUUCAACAUGUCGAGCGGAAAGUUUGUUUGCAAACGAGCUGGUCUUUACUUCUUCAGCACCACAAUAGUGCGAGAGCCUGGCAUUACCCAGUCAUACUGCAGCAUUGUUGUAAAUCAUGUUAAUCUGCAGACGACUGUCGGAUAUGGAAGCAGUACUACUGGCUACUCUUCAGGUUCUACAGUUCUUGUUUAUCAUCUUAAUAUAGGGGAUAGGGUCUUUGUAGACGAUUGCUAUGGUGCCGACCAUAUUGCCUGGACAUCCAGUUUCAGUGGUUUCCUUAUUGUACCAGACCAGUGAUACGCUUUUUAACAAAAAUAAUUACAUUGUUUAACAGAAAUAAUUAAACUGUUCGAAUACUCGUAUAUAAAGGUAUAAUUCAUUAAUAAGCAGAUUAGCGAUAGUGUUUAACGUUUUUCCCUUUUUCGACACAACCGUCUUGUUCUGGUGCGUGUUCUAGUUUGGUUUAGUUUUUGAAACCAGAAAACAAUUCAGGUUUUUCUCUGUUUUAAAUGUAUCUUGUUUCUAUAUGCCUUUAUUUAAGCCCGAAUAAAUAUUGGUUUUAUUGUUAUUACUGAAUACAGCACAACGCACACUGUGCAAUAUUUAUUUUCUUAAUCAACUGAAUACAAGUAUUUUAUUUCAUACUCUUCAUAGUCCCCGUUAAGUUACAAUGGUACCUGAAACGUCAAUAUUUUUCCAUAUACUGACGCCUGAAUUUCAUAUCGGGUGCAUGACAUCAUUUAAUGUAUUAUCAAUCUUAAUCAGGCUAUUGAACAAAUUCAUAAUGUUAACAUUACAUUUAUACGUGUAGAUACGUAUGUAAUAAAAAGAAUAUAACCUUUGCAUCGGGAAAUAUGCACUCGUUCUUUAACAGACAAAUAUUGCGCUCCCAAAGCCGUGCAAUAUGUCCGCUGCAGAACUCGUGCAUAUUUCCCGAUACAAAGCUAAUAACCUAUAAUUAUUAGACGUGACCAUGUCAUGUCAGGUUUCAUCAAAAGUGUCGAAAAGUCUUUUUUAGCGCUUAAGUUAAGCAUAAGAUUUUUUUUUGGUUCUUAUCAUCUGCUCAGAAGAAUAGACCGCUCGUUUAUAUGUACUUAAACGAUUUCUUACAAAACCAAUUUGAAGACUAUAUUUGUUGUGGUGAAAGAUCUAAAUUGUUAAAUUGAAUAUGCAUUUUACUGAUAUUUUACGAUCGAUCAUGAGCAAACACACAACGUAUUAUGUUCACGAAAAGACACAUAGUUUUAUUUUGAUAUUUUACCGAAAUUAAACACAUCUUUUUAUUUGCAUGAAUUUAGAAUGUGGUUCACCUAAAAUCACUCGGAGAAUAACUGUACGGAACAUUGACUCAGUUUUGUUAUAUUUUCUGGUCAAGACCAUUCAUCUUUUUAUUAAAUUACUAUAAUAGAGAUCCGCUUAAGCCGGUGCUAUGGGGCGUGAGGGUAGUUGCAUAUUUCAUUAGCUCUCAUGAACAGACUUAAUUCAACCGAGUCUGCUGUACAUGUUAUGCUGCAUGGUUGCCUUCAAUGCUUCCAAAGGAUCUUUUCAUACAAUUUAUUUAUAUUAGUUAUAGCAUUCCUUCCUCAUAGUCAGGCACCAUACGUU